AUGAAGGGGCCGCUUAUCGGUGAUGGCCGCGAAUCAGCGACACUCGGGGACAUCUACCCAGGAGCCAUUGGACAAGCAGAGACAUUGGGCCGUAUUGUCAAGCUCAAGGAGCUAUCGAUUGUUGAGGCGGCGCACCGAUUCCCAGAGUGGGGAAGACUGACGGUUGGUGAACAAGAACAGGACUGGAGGUCUGGCAUUGUGAUCAAGAAUGCAGAUGGUGCGCAGUUCGGAGAUGUAUGCAUUUAUCGUGAGAGGGCAGACGACAACGAUGACAACAUCCUUUGUGCGCUACAGGCAAAGAAGCUAGAGAGUCUACUCUCAGCCGCGACCAUCCAGAGCGAGCAUAACAAAAACACAAGGACGAUCGAGAACAUACCACAUGGAUCGAUCUUGGAGCAGGAAGGAAUCAAACAAGCGCGUGCCAUCACUGUCCUUAUCACUACCGCGGAUAUGUCGGAUGACGCUCUUCGAAAGCUUGAGAGUUCGUUUCCCGACGACUGUCUCUUGAUCUACCGACGAACUUUCAACAAAUUCUUCGGCAACGCAUUCAGUGUACCUAUGGCCCUCGCAGUUUCAAAGGAUCUCAACUGGAAUAUCACGACUCAGGAGACUCUGAAAAAGAAGCAUAGGCUUGGAGACAAGGAGGCGGACCAAGUCCUCAAGAACAUGCCCUACCGCUCCGAGUAG